AUGGUUAUCACAAUUUCAAAUAAUAAUAAUAAUAAUAAUAAUAAUAAUAAUAAUAAUAAUAAUAAUAAUAAUAAUAAUAAUAAUAAUAAUAAUAAUAAUAAUAAUAAUAAUAAUAAUAAUAAUAAUAAUAAUAAUAAUAAUAAUAAUAAUAAUAAUAAUAAUAAUAAUAAUAAUAAUAAUAAUAAUAAUAAUAAUAAUAAUAAUAAUAAUAAUAAUAAUAGUAAUAAUAAUAAUACAAUCAGCUCAUACUUAUCAAUAUUAUAA